AUGGGGAAAUCACUUAUAAAGGCUGCGGAGAAAGUAGGACUAAGGGUUAAGGAAGAAAAAACAAAGUACAUGGUGGUCAGUCGGAGAAAUGGAAAUCAGGUACAAGAAGAAUUCAUUGAAGUGGAAGAAUACAAUUUUAAAAGAGUGGACCAAUUCAAAUACUUAGGGUCAAUUAUAACUCAAGAUAACGACAUUAAAACAGAAAUUUCAAUGAGAUUACAAUCAGCUAAUAAAUGUUUCUUUGGACUUAGUAAAAUUUUUAGAUCAAGAGCAAUCUCUAAGAAUUUAAAAGUUAGAAUGUACUUAACUUUGCUAAGGCCGAUUGUCCUGUACGGAGCAGAAACAUGGCCUNUUUAUGGGGCAUACUAUGAUGUUCUCACAAAUGAAUGGAGGAAAUUACACAAUGAAGAACUGCAAUCCCUUUUUCAACGACCGAAUAUACUGAAAGAGAUAAAGAAAAGAAGGCUAGUUUGGGCUGGACAUGCCUGGAGGAAACAUGACUCAUUAAUAAGAAGAGUAAUAGAGGAAAACCCAGUAGGGAGGAGACCUCUUGGAAGACCGCGUUUAAGAUGGGAGGAUUGCGUAAGGAGAGACACUGAAACAGUGGAGCCGGAGUGUCUUUGGCAGGAAGUAGCAGAGGAUAGGGAUAGAUGGCAGUAUGUUUAUCUAGAAGUAUGGUCUUGAAUGGCCGAAACCAAGGAAGAAGAAGAAGAAGAAGAAGUUUUUAAUGAAACAUUUUUAAUCAGUUGGUUUGUUUUCAUAAAGCAUAAAGUGGUUGGUGGUGGUUCACUCAAGUGGUUACAUUUAUAUUGGUUACAGCUGUCUUCGGAGUGUUAAGUGGCUCUUUCUCACACAACGGUACCAUUUUCAAAAUUAGUGCUAAUUUUUCAACGAUAAAUUGCUAAUCCGAAAUUUUCCAUUGCGAAGGCACUAAUAACACUAAAAUCAGCUGUAAUAUCAAUAUUUAUUGCCGAAUCGGUGCUUGUAAUCAAUGGUUAAUCAGUUUUAAACAUUAAACUAAUAUUAAAUUCUGAUCGAAGCGAGGAAUGUAUUUUGUAUUAUUUUUUUUUGUGAACAAGACAUUUUUCUCCGAUUUUUCGUCCGCUCACUUUACGUAGCGGAUGAGAGUUAAGUUCCCGCAUAACUUUUUUCUGAACACAGCUCUAAUUUUGAAAACAGUACCGUUGACUUGCACUGAUGCUGCACUAAAUUUUAAUGCUACAGCUGAUUUUGGUGUUAGUACUGAGUCCACUGUGAAAAAUUUCGUAAAAACUAAUAUCUCGUUAGAAAAUUGAGUUACUAAUUCCGCUAAAAGCACUAACUCCAUGGAUCCUUGGGGUGAAUGCUUAAGAUAUAUAAGUUUAUAUAUAUAAAGCACCUUGGAAUUAAGAUAUCUUAAUAUAUUUAUAAUUCCAUAAAUAUGUUUCUAAAUAUCAAAUUACUUAGUUGCUUAUAAGAAAUUAUUAUUUACUUAUACCUAGGUAUACGCUUAAUUAUUUGAUUUCGAUGAUAAUACGUUUAGGGUGGAUUGAAUUAUAAAUUAUUUUUAAAAAAAAUAUAAAUUACAAAUUGUUUUUUUUUUUUUUUUUUUUUUACCUGGGAAACACAGUUACACAUUUUCCAAAUUCUUUAUAACGUCUCCUUGGCGAAAUGUUGCCGCUGAUUUAUAAAAUACCUAUAAUAAUAUACGUAUUCCGUAAUACGCUCUUUAAUGUCGUGCUUGGCGGUGGUGGCGACGCGCGUCGACAAGUGGCACGCAUUCGCCCGCCAUAGCGUCGGAGAGUGCAGGCAGUGGCGGCGACGAAAGGCUAAAAGGUUGUGCGUGUCGCCGGAACUCCUCGCCGUAUACCGGCUGGAGACGUAUAAUAAUAAUAAUAAUAUAGCCGAACUGCGGACCGUUGUAAUGUACUUAUAGCGUCUCGUAUAUUUUUUUACGCUCGUUCGUGUAAAAAAAAAAAAAUAAAAAAAAAAACCGAAUACUUACCGGCGGGGCACGUUCAAAUUACCUAAAAGUGCACGCUGUGUAAACAUCAUAAUAUAGGCGCGAGCGCCGCGCACACCGAUGCAUUCCCGUCGUGUGUGCAUUUCGACCGCUUUCCUCACCGCGUCUCUCUCCGUCCGUCCAGCCAUCUUCAACUUUACCCACCCUCCCCUCUUUUUCUUUUUUUUUUUUUUUUUUCUAUACCUUCCCUUUGCACGUUCUUGAUGUCGACGAUGACGACGGCGACGACGACGUAUUAUGUUAUACAGUUUUCGAGAGUUCUCGUCUGCUCUGCAAGUCCUCCCCUAUACACACACACACACACACACGCACGCGCACACACACACCUACAUACAGUAGGUACUAUUGUAUACGCACACGGACGACGACGACGACGACGACGUAGGUACGUCCUAUAUAUAAGUAUAAUAUCGCGUAUAAUAUACGCCGACUGUGCGAGGCCUAGGGAGACGCGUAUAGCUAAUUUAAAGUCGGCCGGUCACGUAUUCCGGCCCCGCGCCGCUUUAAUGGAAAACUCCGUUGUUUCGUCGUCUAUCCCCCUCUCUGAAUGUAUACAUAUAUAUAUAUAUACACCUCCUCUUGUGUGUGUGUGUGUGUAUAUAUAGUAUGUAGUUGUAGUCUGCUGCAGUCGUCGAGGGGAUAACUUUCACAGACUAUAUAUUUAUAUAUAUAUAUAUAUAUAAACUGUAUAGGUGGUAUAGGGCACCGUGUACACCGCGCGGCACCACUCGGCGCGGCCGUGUCCGCGACUCGCACGGGUUUACAUUAUUAAACGCGACCGAAAGUGGCUUCGCCGCCGCCGCCGUCGCACGGUUUCGCGGUGCGGGACUCGCGACGAACAGCGCGGCAACAGACGGCGGCGGCGACGGCGUGUGGGGCUCGGGAGGAAACAAAACGUAUUUUAAUUCCUCGGGUGAACGCGCGGGUACCUGCGUCGUCAUCGUCGCCGUCCAUCGGGUAGCGUACGUACGGUUGCGCGGUGAUUCGACGGUGAACAUGAGAUGUUAUUGACGGCCGCCGCCGCCGCCGCCGCCCGCCCGCUCCCCCCCCCCCUCCUCCCAUCCCGGUGUGCCGGGCGCGGAUAUACCUCCCCCCUCCCCGGUUCGUGCGUUCGGUAAACCAGAUUGCCCGACCGUGCGAUAAGACGCGCGCAUUUAGUUCCGCCGUUUAGUUCGGGGCUCGUGUCCGUUGUCGACCACGUUGAUGUUGUGCCGAGUCCCGUGGCGCCGAACAACGGGCCCCGGGUCCGUUCACGGACCGACCCGAGGUGUUUUCGGGACGGCGGCAGUGGUCAACGGCGAGAAUUUCUCUCGCGCGUGUAAACAUCGGUUCACAGCGGACCGUGCGGCAAUAACGGCUUACGGUUCGUUCGAGCUUUGGCCAAUGCGUCGGCACCGUCAACGCGACAACCCAUUGUGAUAAUCAUAAUACGUUUUACAUAUUCGUAUAUAUCGUACGCAUAAUCGUAUUCAUUAAAAUCACGAAUUUUACGAUCUAGGGAUUUGAUUUUACAGCGCGUACAAAGUACGAUUGUGAAAUAACGAAAUAAUUCGAACUAAAACAUUUUCAACAGCAAGACAUUUUGAUAAAUAUUAACAAAUGUUUAGGGGGUGGAGUGGCAUGGAGCAAAAAUCGAUCCCGGCGGUUAUUCUGCUUAUACCUAAACAAGUAGGCGGGCUAGUAAACUGUACUACGGCUACCGACCAGAUCAUUUUAUAACUUACCCGGCGACAGUGUUAUCACCGAUAAACCAGAAAACAUGAAUUCAUAUCGUUUAUUUUACAAAUAAAUAAUUCAUUUCAGUUGUAAAAAAAAAAAAAAAAAUCGACGAUAAUACUAUUUUAAUAAUUUAUUCCAAGAAACGGUGGUGUUUUUAUUUCCGUUAUUUCGUUUUACUUCGGAAGGGAAAGAACUGCUUACAAACGGUGAAAAUAACAAUUUAAACAAAUUCGUUCAAAUGUGCCACCGUGUAAUAAUAAAUGUAAUACUUAACACUCGUACACGUCUUGCUGCGGGAGAUUGUUUACACUGAAAUGUUAUUGUUAUUUUAACAUUGUUAUAUUAUAAUAUACGCCAUCAUUCCCGUCCAAAGAAGUAUACCGCUGUGGGUUGCCGAGUGUAAUCCGCUUUUUUUCGAUUUGCUUCGUUUUUGUUUUUUUUAUCCGUCUUACACGUGUUAAAUUGACACGUAAACCCGAACGUCUCGUUUAUUUAAUUUUGACACUGCAGACGACAACGUAAAACCGUUCAACACUUGUUACCCGUCCCGUCGUCAUUGUCCUCCGAAAUCACUUUCGUCAGUCUCACGCUGCAUGUACCCACGUAAAAAAGGCGUUAAUACAAUAACAAUACGGGAGCGCGCACAUUUACAUCCACGUUAUUUACCGGAAAAAUCUGAUUUUGUAGUCGGCUAAUAUUAAUGUCAUUAUUUUUUUAUUUUUUUUUUUUUUUGGACAAAAUGUUUGUUAUACACGGACGCUUGCGCUAGACACGUUCGGGAAAUGAAAAUGUCAGAUAUUUCGGAGUAGGAAAUUCGCAUAGCGGGGUGCCCUAAAACGAAACUAUGAAAUUAUAUGAACAUUGCGAUAUUUCGAAACGUAACGGUUGGUAACAGUGAAAUAUUGUGCCUGGUCGUUUAUCGUUUAUCAAUUUUCUGACAGCUAUAACAAUAUAAUAAACGAAGUUUUGGUACAGACGAAAAAAAAUUAGUUAUGGACAUAAUAUAUUUUAUAUCGGUUAUCUACUGGGUCGCGGUAUUAUUUUUCUCAUUUCUCUCUGUCCAACAUUGUGAGGUACAUUUGAGUUUAUGUUGUUUUUCUCUGACAGUGCGGCGACUUCUGAAUGCAAAUAGGUUAUUAUUUUUAUAUUUAACAUCAAUAAAACAAGUACUAAGGCCAAAAUGUAUUUUAUUAUUAUUUUGAAUUACUAAGCGAGGGUUAAUUUAUGUGAGCAAUAUAGCCGGAAAAAAAAGUAGUACCCUAAAGACCGAAAUACUUCUUAAAACAGACCGGGUAAUAAUGUGUAACGUCUCGCGUCGUCUUGACAAAAAAAAAUAUAUUAAGAUUGUAAUACUUUAAACAAGAGUUGGCAGCCGUAAAGACGGAGUUCGCCACGAGCGUUAUGCGACCCGGGCGUUCGCCACGGACCGACGUGCAACCGCGACAGGAUCUGCCGGAGUUACAGGAUUUACCUAAGUACUAACAAGUUAAACGUAUUGAAACAUAUUAUAGAACAUCCUGAAAGGAAACAUAGGUGAAAUAUAAAUACAAAUAAAAAUAAAUAAAAAUAAAUAAAUCAUAAUAAAAAAUAAUAAUAAUAAUAGGGUAGUAUCGGCCAAUAUUAAAAAAAAAACAACAAGGGAUAUGCAUACCUGACCGGCGGUCGGGGACGACCGUGCCGGGGACUUGUGUGGACUUUUAGCCUCUCAUUUUGAGUCGGAAACGGAGCAAAAAUAAAAAGGUCCGUAUCCGUGAACGGUGUUGGAGCAACCAACAAAAAAAAAACGAUCCGAUGGCCGUUAUGCGGUCCGUCGGUCGCGAAAUUGAACUGUUAUCAUCUGAUUGGCCGAUACCCCCCUUUACACAUCGAUAUACGCUCGCAGAGUGACGGUCGGGUGGUGGUGUGUUUGAAAAACCACCGCGACAACGUACGCGGACCUUUGCCUUAUGUGAUAAAGUGACAUAACUGCGUAGACGAUUUUGGUGUUAUUAUUGAGUUAUUAUUCAAUUUUGCACGUUACAAUAUGUAGUGAGACGUUUAAAAUAAAAUGUAUAAAAUAAAUCCCCGUUUAAUUAGAUUUUUAUAUAAGCGUCUAGGGACAGAGAGCCGAAUGGAAUUCAAAUGGCGGAUUAUUAUCAUUAAUUUACAUUUAGAUAAGNCUUAUGUGAUAAAGUGACAUAACUGCGUAGACGAUUUUGGUGUUAUUAUUGAGUUAUUAUUAUUUUGCACGUUACAAGAGUCGACUGUAAUAUACCCCAAAAGCCUAUAUAAUAUGUAUACAGUUGUGGUCUAAAAAUUAUCAAUAUAUGUUUUAUUUAAAAAUGAAUUAUUUUAACAUUUCAUAUAUUUUAUAUAUUAUACUGUACGUCUGUAUCUACUUAAAAAAAAAAAAAUAUUUAAUACAUUAUUUAUAUUUUUAUACAUUAUAUUUCUCUUUUGCAAUUGUUCUUUAUCUCAAAACCAAACAAAAAUAAACUUUAAUGAAGUAAAUUCAGAAAUUCGAAUUUUUACAGGAUUUUAUCUAAAACACAUCUUAUCAGCUCGUCUGCUAAAUGGUUAUAUUUAUUAAUUUUAAACAAUUAUUUUGUUAUUCUUAAUUUGUUAAGUUGAAAAUGUCCUAAAUAUUUCCAAAUUCCUAAAUACGAUCUUAAAACGUACGUAAAAUCGUAUUAAAUCUAAACAUAUGAUCUAAAAAUUCUAAAAAUCAAAAUAUUGUAAAAUAAAAUUUUAUUUAUAGACUCGUUAGGACAUGAAACAUAAUUUGAUAAUAGAUAGCUAUUUUUCGGCCAAUCAAUAAAAAGAUGCAAAUCCAUAAACAUGUUGUCUCUAGCUACAAAUAACAAAAAAUUGUAAAUUAUUUUGUAAAUUACACCACGUCUAGAAUGUAAUUAUAUAUAAGUAUUCGAUGAACGUUUCAAAUCUGAGUGAUUAUUUUUAAUUUAAUUAGAAUCAAGAAACAAAAUUAAAAUGAAGAGAAAAUUUAGUAUAAAUAUUCCCCUUUUUCGAUGGGGUUUUCUCAGUUUUUCCCCAAGAAAACUCAUCAAAAAGGAUAUCUAGAAAUGACCUCCAUAACGUAACAACUAAACAAAAUUGUCUAUCAGAAACUACUCUGGAUGUUCCUGAUUGGAGCACAAUUUCUGGUCAAAAAGUUAUUUACAAAUGAAAAAACUAAACAUAGUAUAUAUAGUAAAACUAUUAUAUUCUUAGCUUUGCUCAAAAUUUGAAGUAUUAAAAAUCCAUAAAGAUGUUAAAAAAAAUGGUCAAACAUGUUAUUUCAGAUAAUUAUCGUUAUUAAUAUAAUUUUUAUUACAGUUAUAAUACAGUGUUUCCUAACUUUUUAUUAUUGUACACCCCCUUUAUUGGUUUUCAAAAAUGUCAUCCCUCCCCUAUUAAUUAAAAAUAUGAAUUUAUUGUUUUUAAUUUGAGAAAUGGAAAUUUGCACAUUUUUACGAUUUAUUCUUACAAUUUAAUCAUUGCUAUAUUACUCCACGUGCUGCACCUAAAUUCCUCCCUAAAGAGAAAUUUUUGCCAUUAAAAAACACUUUUAUAAUAGCAAUUGUUAUUUUAACAAUAAUGGCAAUACUGCACGCAUGUGGUUAUACGAUAAUAUACGGUAAUAUUUAAAAGUAGAAGUUUCAAUAGAACAUGUGUUUUAUUGCACCUGUGCAUCCGUGUCAUAGGUACGCGGAUGUAUUUAGAUAUUCGCGUAUUCCACGUGACACGUAAAUUCACGUGUUCAUAUUAUUUCACGGGAAGUAUUUGUGAAAUUAAGUGAAUUCCGGAUUACAUGAUCUUUAGCACGAAAUUUUUAAUUUCAUAAGUACUCGUGAAAUAAACAGCCCUUAUAUUUGAACACAAGCCUGCAUAUUCCUCCUUGUUAUUUUAAUUUAUUUGUUCUUAAAUUAGUAGGUACCACUAUAAUUUGUUGAUAUUAUAAAAUAUAAAUACACAUUAUUCAUUACAAUAAACUAAAUAAUAAUGUACAACGAUUACGUAUAUUAUGUAUACGUUUCAUAAUAGUAAUGCUAUGAAUUAUUUAUAACUCGUUUGCAUAAACCUAAAACUAAUAUUAAGGAAAUAAUAUAAUUUGAUCGAUACGUCUUCGGUGUUAUACAAUAUACGUAUACCUUUAUAUAUAUAUAUAUGUAUGCACCACUGCGGAUCCUUUAUUAUAUAUUUACCAUAAUGUAUACAGGUCAGCGAAUAAAGUUCAACGUACUUUUUACAAAUCUAAUAAACCGUUGUUGUCGCAUAAAGUUUUAAAAAAAUUACUCACUACCAACUUUUUACUAUUGCUUUACAGGUUUUUCCGAUUUAUUUUCGUCUCAAAAGUUUUGCACCCGUUUAGCAACUUUUUUUAUUUUCUGCUAUAAGCAUAUUAAUCCCUCCAUCUAGAAUAUUUUCACACACCAUAAAUGUAGCUAUAUAAUAUGUGCAUAUAUACGGGGCAAUGAUAUUUUUACUCGGGGAAAAAUAUAAGUAGUUUAGAAUUUUUAAAAAUGUCACUUAACAAAAAAAAUCAGCAUGCAAACAAUUUAAACUACAGAUUUAUGGAUUGAGUUGUUAUUAAAUAUAAUUUGAUCCGUAAAUACUAAUAGAUAGGUAUUUAAGAAUUUUCAUCUAUUGCAUUAUAUAUUUUAUUUUAGAGAUUAAUGGAAGCCGGUGAACAAUCAGCUCUGGCCAAUCAAGAUUUUUCCAUUAAAAGUGAACGUUUACAAAACGAUGAAUAUAAGGAUUACAAGAGUUUGGAAUCAGUAUCAGAUCGAUAUGAUCAAUGCGCAUUUAACACUACUACAAAUUGUAUACUAUUGCAGAGUACAUAUGUAGAUCCAGGUAAUGCAAAUAGUACAGGUUUUUUAUAGUAAAUAUCCACUAUAUGUACAUUCAUCCCCCUUAAAAAUCUCAACGAGCAAAUCGACCAAACCUUGCCUUUAACUCUACUUAAUUACUCUAACCCCCAUCUAUGAAAAUAUUUCAUAAUACACAAAAUAUAAGAUUUAUUAUAAAAUCUAGCUCAAUCAUUUACAGUGUUUAGUCUAGGUAUCUGAUAAACUUUACUGUAUGUCUAUUUUAACACAGAAAAGCAUCUUAUAAAAUGUCAUGUAAUAAAAUUGUCAAAAAAAAUACUCAUCGGGAUGAACAUACACUUAUUAUAUUAUUUACUAUUAUAGUAAAGAGUUACACACACGUAUUAAAAUUAAAAAUUAUGUACUCCUUAAUAGAAUUAUAGAUAGUACUAUUAUAUAUAUAUAUAUAUAUUUUUUUUUUUUUGGUUAACUUAAGUUUUAGAUAACUAUCUAAAAAUUGUAUUAUUUAGAAUAACUAUUAUAUUCUAAAUUUUAAAUACACAUACUUAUACUUUAAUUUAGGUUUGUGUCUGUUAAAUAUAUAUAAAUCAAAAUAUAGUUUAGAUUUAUCAUAUUAUGAUUUAAAACAAAGACAUUUUACGAAACUUCAUAAUUAUAUGAAAAUUAAGAUCGAAAUUAAAAUGUUCGUUAAAAGAAGUUAUGAAAGAGAAAAUUUUAUUUUUUAAAUCAAUAUGCCUAUUGUGAAUCAUGUAUCAAAAAUAAUUGGGUACCCAACUCAUAAAUGUCAAUACAUUAAAACGCAAAAUUCUAAUAAUUUCGAUAGUAAUCCUUAUACAGUAUUCUAUUUCAAUGGGUACACUUAUUAUCUCCGAAAGUAUUAACUUUUUUCGUAAUUUGUUAAAUAGAACAUUUAAUAAACAAGAAGCUUUACAAUUUCAUAUUCGUGUUAUUCUGUAUAACUCUUUUUUUUUGGUGGGAAAACCAGUAUCUACUUCAGAUUUUUAAACGGCAAUUUAUACUAAAAAUUCACAAAUAGAUGAAGUAUUAAAUUUUAAUAAAUUUUGGCGUUGAAAUUUUUGAUUUUCAUCAACCAGUAGACAAAAUAUUCCACUUUUAAGUUUGGGUCGGGGAAGAUUAGUGAUGUGUUAUUAAAACUAUAGCGAGCGACGUUUUAACAAAUGAUGCACUACUACUCUCCUCCGAACCAAACUUAAAAGUGGUAUAUCUCGUCAACGGAUUUAAGAAAAUCAAAUACAUCAACACUGACAUUCAUUUUAACUAAUAUUAUAUCUAUUUAUGGAUUUUUAAAUAUAGAUUGCUAUUUGAAAAUCUUAAGUAGGUAAUGGUUUCAUCUCAAAAAUAAGGAUGACAAAUAACAUAAACAUAAAAUUGUAGAGCUGUUUGUUUCUUAAAUAUUCUACAAAACAAAUUAUGAAAAAAGUUAAUACUUUCAGUGAUAAUAAAUGUACUCACUUCAAUGAAAUAUGCUGUAUAUUAAAGUAAUACCAAACAUGGUUAAUGCAUGUACCAGUUUAAUACACUACUCGAAAUAACAGAUUAAAAAUCGUUUUGUCAAAUCGACUUCUACGAUUCCCUAUUGUAUUUUAAAUCAAAUUUAUUUUUAACUAGUUUGCCGAAUUCAGGUGCUUAUUACUUUUCGAGCCUUAAACACGAAUACAACGCGUUGUAAGACAUUUCACUGUCGGACACAAAAUUCACACACGAGUGUUAUAUUUUUAAAAUACAAUUUGUUUUAACAGCGACUUUUAUUAAACGAACCAUCCCGCGUCUCGCCUUCCAUCGCAUAGAUUCCAUCACAAAAUGUUAACGAGAUUAGUUUUUCCGGGUAUUUUUAUGCUCUCUGUGACAUUCGUGACGCGUUCGUAAACUUCUUGUCUAUAACGUUUAAAAUUUAAAAAAAAAAGAACCAAGAAACUGGGUAGGGGUUAUACUCUUUCCACAUCGAAAAUUAGAGAUUCUUUUCCGAAUCCAACAUAAUAUACAAUUACGUAAUUUAUUAGUUAAUUAGAAAACAAUAUUGCUUAUAAACAUAGUGCGUCUAUUAUAGUCAAAUGUGUUGAGAUAAUUUUUUGAAAUUCCCAAUCCCCUUCGAAAAUAAAUCCCGAUUGUACUACUGCUGAAGAGUUUCUAAACGUGAAUCUACGUCCAAAAAAAAUUAAGUAUUCGUUUUUUUAGAUGGAAUAAUGCUAUGGUUAGCAAUUGACGAUGACUAGUGCCCGGAUUUCAAUGCAAAGUGCAUUUUUUUUUUGGUUAAUCUGAGAUAAUGCUUUCCAUGCACAUAAUUCGUUUCAUGUAAUGAGUGCUUUAAAGCUGAAAUUUUUAUUUUGCAUUUUUUUUUUUAAUAUUUUGACGUUUUUUUUCUUUUUUAGCGUUAUUGAGACAUUUUGUUGGUUUUAAUAAAAAUAUAUAUGUCCAUGAAACAAAUCAAAUUUAAAAAUAUUGAAAUAUUGAAAAAUUUGAAAAUAUUAUCUAAAGAUAAAUUGUUUUCUUGAUAGUUAAGUUGUUUUAAUUUAAUAGGUUUGUUGGGCUUUUCAAUACACAUUGUCAAUCCUUCGAUUUAUUUCGAUUCAAUUUUUAUCUAUCUCUAUUAUUGACUAUGGAGGGUCACCCGUACUCGGAAAAAUAACAAUUAAUUCUUAGUUCUCGUUACAUCGCGGUCGACGGUCGAAUUUGAUAUUAGUUUAUAAAAAAAAUAUAUGGCAUUUUUUAGUUAUUUUCGUGGUAAAAUUCAUUUUUUAAGGGAAUUUUUGGUUAUUUUUAGAGUAUAUUUGUUUUGUUUUAAGGGCAUUUAAAAUCGGGCCCUAGCGUUGAUCAUUAUCCUUUAGUUAAAUGUAUACGGGCCGUUUAAAAGUCAUUAUUGAAAUAUAUCGCAUACUACUUAUUAUUUUAAAUACCGUGGCUGGUGUAUUUUGUGUCUGACUAUGAACCGGCAAUAAUGUGUUCGUGUUAGAAAAAAAUUAAGCGAAUCCGGUUUUAUUAUGAAUACCUCGAUUAUAACAGACUGUCGAUUUUUAUAUAGAUUUUUUGAUAAUUCGUAGAAAUCGAUUUUCGUACUAUCCGUAAAAUAUAAUAAUAUAAUUCUCCAUGGUUUUAUAUUUUUUAUGUGCAGUUAAUGUUUUUAUUGAUCCUAUAAUAUUACUAAAAUUGCAUAAAUUGAAAUGUCAAAUAAAUGUUUUUAGAUUUCCGAAAUGUAAUUGAUUUGAUUUACAACAUAUUAAUAUACAACUCAUACAAGCAAUAGCAUAGAUAUGAUUCGCAUUUUUAUUUUAAUUUUCUAACUUAUGGCUAAAACACAAGUUGUCUAAAAAUGAGAAUAAAAAUAUAUAUGAUAAUAACAGUAUUUGUUUCUUUUAAAAAGUUUUUAUCUAUCUAUUUAUUUAUUAAAUAUAAACAAGUACAAUAAUUAAAUUGAAAAUUGUAGAUUCUGUUGACGAAAAUAUAUUACGAGAUAUGGAAUGGACUGAAAAUUUGGAUCCAAUAUUUGUAAGUAAUUACGAAAUGGAUCCUGUACUUUCAUGGCAAUAUUUUGGUAGCACAAAAGGAACACUCAGAAGAUUUCCAAGUAAGUGUAAGUGCCCGGCGUUUCGAUUAGGCAAUUUCGUUGCAUUCACACGAUACAUUGAAUAUAAUUGCCUAUUCAACAAUACAAUUAGUGAUUUCGUUUUAUUUACCAUUGACAUAAUAUUAUUUUCUCUACAUUAUAACAUUAAAUUAUUAUGACAUUUGUGUAUACUUUUUCUAUUGAAUGUAUUUUUAUUUUACUUACUUAAAAACCAUAAUCUAUUAAUUUUCAUUUUUUAAAUGUUUCUCUAUUUUGAUAUAAUUUUAUAAUAAAAUCAAUUUUUAAUACAUUCAUUGAUACCUUUUCAAUUUAAAUUUUCUUUGAUUAUAUUAAUAUAUAUAUCUACCUGUUAUUACAGCGCUUAGGUGGCCUUCAUAUUCGGGGUUGUCGCCUUCUGCACUAUUUGAUUAUCGACUAAAUCCGUGGUUUGUAGAGGCUGCUACUAGUGCCAAAGAUAUAGUUAUAAUAGCUGAUUUAGCAAGCACGUUAUCUGACUAUAAACUUAGUCUUGUAAGGGCUACUACACUAGCAGCACUUGAUACCCUAGGUGCCAACGAUUUUGUCAACGUCCUAUCUCUUGAGUCAUCGAAUUAUGAAAUCGUGCCUUGUUUCAAGGAAGUUAUUGUGCAGGUAAACUAUAUUAUUCAAAUUAAAAUCAAAAUUAAAUAAUACUAUGUUGUCUUAUUCUUUUGGAUUUUAGGCCAACGAAAAAAAUUUAAGGGAAUUAAGAUCGGCUGUUACACAAUUAAAGUUUGGGGCCAGUUCCAAUUUCACUGGAGCCCUAGCCCGUGCAUUCGACAUAUUACACAAAGUACGUUUAAAUUAAUUUGGAAACUUAUAGUUUGAUAAAGGGAGGAUUUAAGAUGUUUGGAACGAGAUAGGAUGAAAAUUAGUAUUUGGUUAAAUUACAUUCAUGUUAUUUAAUAUAGAAAUACUAUUAUAAUCGUAUUAUUAUUAUAAAAUAGUUUAACCGGACCGGUCAAGGAAGCCAAUGCAAUCAAGCAAUAUUAAUAAUUACCGACGGUCCAUUUGGACCGUAUAAAGAAGUUUUACAACAUAACAAACCGCACAUGCCGGUUCGAGUUUUUACUUACUUAAUUGGUAAAGAUGACUCAAAUGCCGCUGACAUGAAUUGGAUUGCAUGCAAUAAUAAAGGUAAAGUACAAAGUUAUACAUAUGUGUUAUACAAUUUUUACUUUAAAUUAAUUUACUAUUUAAGUCUAGUCCUAAAUUAUAAACUAUAGAUAAUAAUAAACGCGAUUAAUGUUCACUCAACUGUUUACCCGUUGCAGAAUAAACAUCCGUACAAACUUAAUUUUAAUAUAGUUUUAUGAUUAACGACAUUGAGAUAAUGUAAUUAUUUUUAAUUCUUCCUCUGUUCAACAUUUGCUCUAAUUACCGGGACGAACUCGUUUCCAGAAUAAAAUCCACUAACAUAAGUUUAUAUAUGAAUAGGUCCGUAGAUAUUGAGAAAGAACAAACAAUACGAAAUAAUUCUAAAAAACUAAAUAAUUAGUAUAACAAUAUAUAAAUGUUGUCAUAAUAGUUGAAACGGUUAAAAUACACGAUGCCGUUUAUAAGGUGACGUGGAUGAAGCGUACAGCGGUGCACACGUUAAGAAAUGAGUGAACUGACAAUCCUUGCGUUUUUGUGCACCAUGAUUACAUAACCAUCAAUAUGACACUUUAAUAAUAUUAUAAAGAAAAUACAACAAAUACAAAAUUAUUAUAGAUAAAUAGAUCAAUACAUAAUUCAUUUUUCAUUUUUCAAUAAUACUUAAAAUUAAAUGGUAUUGUUUUGGUAUACUUAUGCUUUACAGAUUAUUGAAAUAUUCUAAGAAAUAAUUCACAAUUCAAAUUGUAUAGAGCCGAAGAUUAUAGAUAUGUCUAUAUUUUGUUUUAAAAUAUUUUAUUCUAAAUCUAAUAAAUAUAAAGGAAAAUGGAAAUAAGCCAUGAUUUCUUGUAUUUUUUUCCCCGUCGUUUUGUUUAAUUUUCGUACCUAGUUGUUUUGCCAUCCAACCGGGGAAUUCAAAAAAUGACCUGUAAAAAGUACCUUAAGUACAGUCUGUGCUCAAUUACCUAAUUAUAAAGUUUAAAAUUAUAAACUUUUUAAUAUUUUUAUAGGUGACGCCAAAAAAGUAUGUUUUUGAAGAAAAAAAAUUAAAAACACACCAUUGUUAAACUAAUAUGGUGCUUAAAAUCACUACUUACUAUUUUCAAAAUUUAAUCAUUACCGUUUGAAAAAUUAUUCUCAGUGUAGUCAGAAUCAAAAAUUAAUGGCUUGAUUAUAUUUACUCUCGUACAUUUUUAAAUUUUUACAAUUUUCAAAAUGUAAAUACUAUUUAGUAUUUGCUUUCCUAACCUAUUUAUACAAUUGAAGCGUACUACGCUUUAAUCAUGAUUACUAUCCCGAAAUAUGUUUUUCAAAAAAUAAAAAAAAUACCAUCACAUAAUUAUCAUACGCUAAUAACCAUCAAACUCUGCUCCGAAUCUAAAUAAGAACUUAUCUAAAAUAGUAUAAAACUAUUGGAGCUAUUUAUUUGCUAUAAACUUGAGAUGUACUAUUAAAACACAAUGAAAUACCACAAAACAAAUAAGUUUAUACUAUUCAUUAAAUUUAUUUUAAUUUUGAAAUUUUCGUUUUUAGCCUGAGACGGUCAGAUAAGUUAUUAUAGUCAUAUGCUUAGUGCUUAAUUUUAUCUUUAAAUAAAUUUCCUUCAGUAUAUACCACAUUUUUAUUUACAAAAUUAUAUAUCUAAAGUAUAUUUUAGGUUAUUUUGAACACAUCGAAGACACGAGGAACCUACGAGAAAAAGUAUUAAAUUAUGUUUUAGUCAUGGCUAGACCUUUAGUUAUGUAUCAAACUGAUCAUCCUGUAUAUUGGUCACCAGUCUAUCUCGCAAGCAAAGUAUUUUCUCCAAAAAUUAACUAUUUUAAUGAAUUUUAAAAUUAUACAUCUUUUACUUUCUUUUUAGGUUGACAAUUUGAAAGCCACUGAUACCAUAGAUGGUAGACUCAUGACUACUGUAUCUGCGCCCGUUUUUGAUAGGAGAAACCAUUCGGUAAAUAUACUGAGUUCUUUACAGUAUAAUAUUUUGUGUUAUUAUUAUACUUUGUUAUAACAGGAACGAGUAGCCAAUUUAUUGGGUGUGGUCGGUAUGGAUGUCUAUAUUGAUGAUCUCAAAAAACUCGUACCGGCUUAUAAGGUAAAUACGAUUCUAAAACAUAAAAUUCUAAAUUUGAAGUUUAAACUUUUUUUUAAUCUUAUUAUUUUUAUUAGCUCGGUGCCAAUGGUUACUCCUUCAUACUAGACAAUAAUGGACAUGUCCUUUAUCAUCCAGACUUCCGACCAACGGUAAUUACCCUUAAAAAAUAUUUGUUUAAAUUAUAAUAUAGAUAUCAUGUAAUUAAUAAUAAAUAUAUAUAUAUGUGUGUGUACGGAAUGUUUUUUAGCAAUCUGAUUCGGUCAGACCUCAGUAUAAGACGGUCGACCUGAGUGAGAUUGAGUUACCAGACGUAGACGCUAAUAAUAAAGUUAAUAACACUCUAUUACUCGAGGUAAGCUUAUAUUUGUUUAGACAGUGAAUUAUUAUUUAUUUUAAUCAUAAUAUGGUGUAUUUAUAUAUAUAUAUACAUUUUUUUGGCUGUUUAGUUGAGAAGAGAAAUGAUUGAGCAACACGAAGGAGAGACUGUUCUUAAGGUUAAAACUCACUUGGAUAACAUGGUAAUAAAACUAUAUACGUUACAAAUGUAUUAUAAAAUAAUAAACACAAUAUAAAUGCAUAGUAUAAUUUAAUAAUACAUAUAAGUAUAUGGUAUAUUGUUUAUAUGGUCAUAGUCUACUGAGUAAGUUAGUAUGGAGAUAAUAAUACACAUAUCUCCUAAAUGAAAUUAAAAGUUUAAAAUAGUUCAAAUUCGUCUUAUAUCAAAUAAAAUUACAAUAUAUUUAAAUCAGGUAUUUUAUUUUUAUUCUCAUAUACAGAGACGAGUAUUCACAAGGAAAUAUAAAUACUUUUAUCAUCCAAUCGACGAUACGCCAUAUAGCUUAGGUAUAGCUUUGCCAGAAAGUUAUGGUAUGUAUGAACUACUCGGAGAAGAAGAAAUCAAGUUGACCCAAUUCAAUAGUAAGUAAUUGGAAAAAGUUUAAUAAUUAAUUUUAAUUAACUUCAUUUUAUUUUAGUUACGGAAUAUUUCAAAGGUAAAAAUUGGAAAGUUCAUCCAGAUUGGUAAGUCUUAUUUAGAAUGCAUUUCACAAAAUGUAAUUCAUGUACAAUUAUAUAAAAUUUGUUUGACUAUAAUGAUGCUUAAUUUAUAGGGUCUAUUGUGAAUACAACUAUGGAAAUGAACAUAGUUUUAAAACUCCUGAAGCUAGAGUGUUACAUUUUUUGUCUAAAACAAAACGUCCUGGUUGGAAGUGGAUGUCAUUAAGGUCUAGAAUGCCACAAAGAGAACCUGGUAAUUAUUACAGUAGUAAAUUAUUAAAAAGUUCAAAAUAUAUUUAUCCUUGCGAGUAUUUGUGGUUUACAGGGACAAGUCAGAUUUAUAAUACAUGGAGAAAAGAAAAAGACUCUCAUUACUGUAAGUGCUUUGUUAAUAUUUGUAUUAAUUUUAAAUAUCAAAUCUUUAAUUCCAAUUUUUUUUUUCUUACAGGUGAUAAAAAUCUUUUACAAUCUUUAGUAUUUGAUGCAUUAGUCACUGAUAGUCUUGAAAAACUAUCGGGUCAAGUACCUAAAGCUGACAAACAGUAAGUGAUCAAAACUUGAUCAUACCUUAAUAAAUAAUUUACGAAAACCAAAACAAGUGUUUUACUAAUUUUACCUUGAGUUUUUUUUCUCUAAAUUUGACUUAAUUAUAUAUGAAUAACUUUAUAUAAAAUUCAUUAAAUAUUUAAAUAUAAUUGUUGUGAAAAGUACAGAAAUCUCCAAAACUUUUAUUUUCAGUAAAUAUCCAAACGAGUUAAUCAAAAUACAUUUAAAAAAUAGGUAAAAAUAAAAAAAAUCGAAUUAUGGCUAUUAUUAUUUAACACGUAUUAUACUCGUAACGCACUAAAAUCACCGAAUUCUAUGUUAUCUAAUUACACAAAUGUAUACUCACAAAAUGUAUUAUUAUAAACUAACACACUUAUGCACUUAUGUAUUUUAGGUAGGUGUCUAUUAAGAAGCAUGGUUAUUUAUUUUUUUUAAUUUUUAACUAUAAAAUAAAAUAUCUAAAUAGUUAAAACAAAUCAAAAAAUAUAACUUUUUAUUAAUUUCUAAAAAAUAUUAUAAUUUAUUUUAUAAAAUUGAUAUACAUAUAAUUAUGGUGAUUCUUUUUUUAAUUUUUCUGGAAUUUGUCUGGAAUUAGUACAUUGUUAAAGUUUACUUCUUAAAUAUGUUCAUCCGAUUAAAUGGUGAUUAAAACCUUUUAAUUAUUUUUAAACACCGUUCUAUUAUUUUAAAAUAACAUGAGGUUUAAAUUGGGAGAUUAUGAAACCUGUUUUUAAUUUAAAUUUUCCAAAGCAUUUUUAAAAAUUUGAAGAAAAAAAUCAAUAUUGAUAAAAAAAAAAAAGCUGUUCACCUAGCUUACCCUAGGAUAGUGGGGACGGGUGCAGUAACACUGUUAUAGAUGAGAAUUUGGGAUUGUUGUAGAGGGAAAUCCAAUGCAUAUCAGUAAGCAACGAUAAACCAUUGCUAACAAAUAAACAGUUCUGAGUGGAGUUCGGUUAACAGUCUUACUUUAUCAACAAUAAAUAUAUAAUAUUAAUGUAAAAUAAUUGCAUAUGCAAUUUCUUUAAUAAUAUUAGCUUAAUAUUGUACCUAUUUUUCGUUUUUCUUACGUUUUCCUCUUGUUUUUUUCCCGGUUUUCCCAUUUAUUGAGAAAACUCCUGAGGAAAUCAAAAAAUGGUGUUUUUAAAAUACCAUCCCAGUGUGAUUUUCUUUUAAAAAAAGUGCUAUCAUUGUAAAAUGGAACGAAAUUUCUGGUAGAAAAGUAGUCCAUAGAAAAAAAAAAUAAAUAAACAUUAUUGUAAAAACCAAUACAUUCCUCAUUCUACUCAAAAUCAAAAACUUUUUAAUUAUCUAUAUCAAAUAUUUCAAUAUAAGAAAUAACUUGACUUUAACACGAAAUUAAUCACUAUACCUAUAACACAUAAAUAAUAUAUCAAUAUUAUAAAUAUUUUUCAGUUUAUUACAAAUCUAUACAAAUAAUAAAAUUACUCUAGAUAUUUUAUUUUAUUUAUUAUUAUAAUUAUACUAUUGCAGUAAGCUAUUAUAGUAUUAACACUUUUUUCUGUAUUAAUAAUUAUGAUUUGUUAUAUUUAAUAUAUUUUAUUAUAUUUGCACCUAAUUUAAAAAUUGCACUAACCUUGUCUACAUUUUAAAGCCCAAUAGCCACACUAAUGGCACUUCUGCACAGGUAAAGUAGAUGAUACACGUGGUACAUUCAAACAUACUAUUUGCACUGAAAUGUAGAUCACUAUUUCAUAGUGUAUUAGCUCAAUGUGUCAGUACCUAAAUAUAACUUAGGACUUUAAGCUAAAAAAUAUGAACUUCAAUCAAAUUGAAUAACAUAUUUUUUAUAUAUAAUUAUACAUUCCCCCCUCUUCCCCAAUAAAACUUAAAAUUAUUAUGCUGCGGAUUUGGUAAGACGUUUCACUCCCACAUUAUGCACUUAUGUUUAAACUUCUGAAGAAGUAACUACUAUUAAAUUACUUAAAAAUGUAUUAUAAAUAUUGUUCAAAAAUUUUAAAAAUAAAUUUAGUUACAAAAUAUACAAAAUUUAAUUGUAAUAUCUUUAGUUAAUUUUUUUUCUUGUUAUAUACUUACAUUUUACACAUCAUUUUUGUGGCUUCUUCAGGAUAAGUUUUUUUUUUUUAAAAAUUAUAUAUUUCCAGAUCAAAAAAAUGUAUAAAAUGUCAUCAUUAAAUCUAGAAUUAAUUUAUGUUUUAUAAACUGUGUUUACAUGCAUUCUUAGCCAAGGACAUCAUAUGUUCGGCGUAAUGCUUACAUUCAUCGCCACAAGAAGUGGAUUGUUAAGAUGGCGGGAUCACGGAACAAAUACUAAUAGAGGAUCCGAACCGUAAGUUUAAUGAUUCGAAUUUGACAUACCAUCUGUAAUAUUAAUAUAUUUUAUACGCAUGAUUUUUUAUUUUUUUUUUAUAUAGACAUUUUAGUGAAACUAAUAAAAAAGCCAUAGACGAGGUGUGGUACAAAAGAGCGAUCGACCAACAUAACAUAGAACCUGAGAGCUUUGUGUUUUCAGUGCCAUUUAAUUCCGGUUAAAUUUCAUUAUUAUACCUCAUUUAUGAUAAAAACAAUCAAAUUAUAAUUUUCAGAUAACACGUGUCAUAUUGCUACAUAGCGUUAGUUUUAAAUAGUUAAAAAUAAUUAUUUUAUCGUAACUACAAUAUAUAAUUUACUCUGUAUAAUAACAUAUUAUUUUACAUGCUUAGAUCUAUUUUUAUUUUCAAUUAUCUAUUGUUAUCAUUAUCAAUAAUAUAACUGAUAUUUGUAAUGAUUUCUAAUUUCGAUUAAAUUGUUGAAAAAGUGUUAUCAGAUAAUUUACAAUCGGAUUUGUUCGUUAUCCGAGUUUAAAGAUCACAAAAAUGAAUUAUCAUAAUUUCAAUGACUAUUACAGGAACUGGACUUGAUCGACCCCUUAUUACAGCUAGUCAUGCGAUGUUCGUUGAAAACAAAGGACACCGAGCGGCAGCUGCAGUCGUCGGCAUACAAUUUCAACAUUCGUCGAUCGCUUCGCAUUUCAUCAAUAUCACUUCAACUGUACGUAUUUUAAUAAUUAUUAAUAUGAAUAACAAAAAUAUAAAAAUCAAAAUGAUGACGAUUAUGAUAUUAUAAAGCAUGUUGUACAGCGUUCUGGUAUUUUAUUAAAAAUAAAUCUCAACAAAUUCUGGAACUUUGUUAGAAAAAACCGUUCCAAUUGUUUUAUUCCUAAAAUCAUUAUUUAUAACGAAGUUGAUAGUAAGGAUGAGCAAGACUCUGUAAAUAUGUUUUCCAUGUAUUUUAACUCUGUGUACUCUAAUCUAAAUAAAAAUGCUGCUGAAUUAAUCAAUAUUAGUUUUUCUAAUUUAGAUAUUUUGUCGUUUGAUCUCCCUAAUAAUUGCUCCUUCUCGGUCGAUGAUAUUUUCCACGUUUUGUCAACUUUAAAAAGCACUACAUCUGUUGGUCUUGAUGGUAUAUUGGUUCUGUUUCUCUAUAAUCUGAGAUAUACAUUUGCUUUCCUUCUUUAGCUUCUUUUCAAACGUUCUAUAUCUGAGGGUGUGUUUCCCGAUUAAUAAGAACUUAGCUACAUCACUCCCGAUUUUAAAUCAGGUUAUGCCUCUUUGAUCAAUAACUAUCUACCCAUAUCCAUCUUGUCUCGUGUUUCCAAACUGCUUGAAUCUCUUACCCUAAGUAAUAUCAUGCUCUCUAUCAAUUCUAUAUUAAUUUAUGAAUAGCAUGGCUUCCGCCCUGAACGUUCUACAACUACUUGUAAUAUCACUUUUUGUAAUUACAUAUUUAACGCAUUCAAAGACCACUCCCAAGUUGACGAGGUCUAUACUGAUUUCGCUAAGGCUUUUGAUCAGAUUAAACAACCAUGCUCGUACAGACAUAGAGAAACUCAUUCUGUACUGGUUUCGCUCAGUUGUUUCCAAUAAGAAGAAAAUGAUCAGAAUUCAUAGGGUCAUUUUUGGUGUACCUCAAGGUGUCAUUUGUCCCCUUUAUUCUUCUCCUUCUUCAUUGAUAGUGCCAACCUGGUACUUCAUGGCUCUAAACUUUUGGCAUUUGUUGAUGACAUAAAAAUAUGUUUAAGUAUUUGUUCAAUAAAUUAUUGUCUUCUCCUUCAGAGUGACUUGAACAGACUUGUGUUCUGAGCUGAUUCUUUAAGUUUGUCUUUCAAUGUCUGUAAAUAUCGUUCUAUGACAUUUACUCGCUCAAAACCCCCAUUUAAAAUUGUAUGUUUCAUAAAUAAUACCUCAGUUUCUUUUGUUAAUAGCUUAGUCCGUGACUUAGGAUUUAUCCUUACUCUUAUUCUGAGUCUGAAUCUACUUAUUGAAUAUGUAUGCUGUAAAGCUUUCAAACCCCUUGGUUUUAUAAAACGUGUUUCGGGGCAUCUUAAAUUGUCAUCACCCCUAAAAGUUUUAUAUCGUACACUAGUAGACCUAUUCAUAAAUACGGUUCUGUCCUCUGGGUUCCUAAUACUGCUACUUCUUGUCAUCUAUAAAGGGUUCAACGGACAUUUGUGAGGUUCACCAGCUACUUACAAAACAUUGAUUGGGGCAAUCAAUGAGGGGGCCCUCAUGAUAACUCCCUUAUAAUGGUCCAUUUUAACUUAGUUUUCUUAAUUAAUCAUAGGGAUACUGCUACCAUAAAAUAUUUGUUCAAAAUUUACUCAAUGGUAAAAUUAACUCUUCUACUUUACUAUCCCACCUUAACUUCUAUGUCCCUGUUUGUCCCACACGUCGCUCUGUCCCUUUCCACAUCUCUUGGUCUCAAUCUAACUAUAAUUAGAUAUGCUAUUAACCAACCGCUCCGCUGGUGUAUGCAAUUAGCUAACUUGGACCCCACCUACUCUUUUUUUUUAAUAUACCAUGCACUUUUUCUUUUUAUUCGUUUACUUGUUUAUCAUUUGUUAAUUUGUUUUAAUUUCAGCUACUUCUUAUAUGUGUAUUACUUAUGGUUACGUUACUACUUCAUACCCUUUUAAAAAAUUUGUAUGGCGUUUAUCUAAUAAAAUAAAUAAAUAAAAGAAUAUUUCUUUACGUCUAACGUGAUAUAUUUUUUGUUUUCAAAAUUGUUCUCCAGUGUACCGGCACGACCGGAUGUAAGAAGACUUGCGCUUCCGACGAUCUCGAUUGUUACGUGCUGGACAACAACGGUUUCAUCAUAAUUUCAGAACAGUCACAUCACACUGGCCAGUUCUUCGGGCAGACCGACGGGACAAUCAUGGACUCGUUGGUCCAAGAUGGUAUCUACAAGAAAAUUAAAAUACUAGACAACCAAGGAGCGUGUCACAACGGCAUCGAGCCCGGAACCGAUUCGGCAUCUGUCAUUCGGGUAAUAUAGUAAUAACUGGUGUUGUGUAGAUCAAUAUCAAUUGUUUAAAAAUCUAUAAUAUUAUCUUUCGUCAUAUCUAGAUAAAUGAGAAAUAAAUUAAUAAUCGUCUAGAUAAAUCUUUUUAAUUCCUAAUUUAUAUGUUUAUUAAAAGUAAUAGGUGAAAUAUUUAGUUUAUAUUAAUAAUUAGUUGUCCUGCGCCCGGCGUUUCCCGUGACAAUAUUUUAUUAUUUUUACCUUUAUUCCUAUAUCGCCUUGCCUGUAUCAGUAUAUCAAACGAAAGAAAAUAGGUUGGGUAGUACGGUGGACUAAAAGUGUUCUAGUGUGUCACACUUUUUUUCAUCCAUGUUACCAUAGAUACUUAUUACACGCGCAUUAUUACACGUUAUUAAAUUAUUUAUUUAUUUUAUUUUUAGAAAUUAACUCCUACAUAUUAUAUUAUAUCCACUACAGUAAAGAUAAAAUUAUGAGGACAUAAUAGUAUACUUUAGUGUUAAUAAUGUACCAAAAAAUACUAAGUUUCAAAGACGACGGUUUACGUGUUUUCACUUUUCACUUACCUACCCAAUACAGCGCAUAGUUUUGUGUUUUUUUCUUUAUUCAUGUUACCAAGGUCAAGCCCAUUCUAUUUAAGUCAAUAUUAGAUCGCCAGAUAGUCAGACAGACUCUUUAAUUUAAGUUGUCAUAGUUUUUAUGGAAUUUUUAUUUUUGUUUAUUAUUAUUUUAUUUUUAUUUUUGAAACUUUUUCAUUUCGUCCGUGUUACUAUGGUUAUUCAUAAUUAAAUUGAAUUUAUUACUAUGAGCUAAACUUCUAUUUCACGUCCUAGUUGUUAACGAAUGUUGUCUUUUUCUCUGUGCCAUCAUAAGCCGCUGCGAGGGUUCGGUGCUGGAUUCCUGUGCGCGCGUUUACGAAUUUCAGCUCUAUUUUCGUAAGGAUCCCUAUUUUUUUCUAGUAAUUAAUAUAAGCUAUCUUACUCAGAGAUAAUGUAGCAUUCUAAUGGUAAAAGAAUUUUUGAAAUCGGUCCAGUAGUUUUUAAGUUUAUUCGUUACAAACAUCCAAAUCUUUCCUCUUUGUAAUAUUAUAUAUAUAUAUUGAAUUAAAUAAUAUAUUAGUAUAAAUUGAGUUAGGUACAUCAAUCAUACACAUUUUAUGAAAUCUAUAUGUAUAUCAAAUCUGAUACAUGGUUAUUACAACAGAAUUAUCUUUUAUUUAUUUAUAUAAAAAGUUUCUGAUUGCCUAUUUAUUUUUAGUUAGAUAAAUAUAUUUGUAUGUAUCUUUUAGCUUUGUCCAAAUAACCCUAACCUAUUUGCAUUUUAUCACAUAAAAUGCACAAAAUUGGAAAAAAUGUAUAACAUAAAACUAAAUAGGAAGACUAUAAUAUGUUAAUACUAUUCCUAUGAACAUUAUAUUUCUUUGAUGAAGAUAAAAAAAGUUGCAAUAACAAUAUUAAAUACUAUUUAUAGUUAAUAAAAUAAUGUAAUACGUUUUACAGCCUUUCCAGCCGGUCGUCUGGUUGGUGAGAUGGAUAUUCGGCCGCUUGGCUUGGUUGGCAAUCGAAACUCAGAUAUAUCAUAUUUUAUUUCCCGAUUGGAUUGGAGCCCAAGAUGAUGAUGGUGGUACAGUAUUAUAAUUUUAUAAAUACAAACUGUAUAUUCGUAGGUAAUCGUUAUAGAGAUUCGUGUAAGACCAUGUAAAAUAGAAAUCACGUGAGCCUCGAACGACAUCUGUCAUGUGCAGAUCGCUGGUGCUCACGUUAAAACAAUAUCAAUCACUUUAAACUUUAAAGUUUAAUUAUACACAUAUAUUCGAUUAUAUUAUGAUGCACAACUAAUAGAGUUAAACGAUUUAAAAUGUGAAAUUCGUGUCAUACACUUAUUAUUAUUAUUAUUAUUUUUCAAUCUAACAACUCGUGCCAUUUUUGAUGAUUUCGCGUUAAUUCCAAAAAAAAACAGGAUAAUUAUUGGCUCCCCAAUAUAGCUGUUUUCAGAUACAUUAGUGUAUUACCGAUAUUUCCGAUUUUUUGCAGACCCGGCGUAUGCGGAUUACGAUGAUAAAGACGGGACAUUAGGCGAUCAAAUCGACAAACCUAUGAUGGGGGAUGACAACGACGACGACAACGACUCUGUCAACGACUACAAAGACGUGCCGCCGACUCCACCGUUACACGUGCCCAGCAUGAAAAAUGCCGAAUUCUUCGGCCCUGUAUACAACCGAACUCAACCAGGCGUGAUCCGGACAUGUCGCAAAGCAGUCGAUUUGUACGUACUGCAGCCCAACAGAUUGAAUACGAGUGGGUCGUUUAAUCCGCUUAAAGGAAAACUGACCAAUUGUCACGCCACUGGAUGUGAACGGUUAGUAACCGAGAGAUCAUUUAAAUGUGCAGGCUUAAUCGUUGUGUACGCAUCAUAAUUAUCUUUAAAUCCGUUUAAGAUAAGUGAUCCUUUGUUUUUAAAACCUAUAUUCUAUGAGAAUUCUAUAUUCUUUCCAAGAUAAUUUGUGUGAAUUAACUAGAUCAGACUGACCCAAUUUUUUCCUGUUAAAAAAAAAAAAAACAGAAAGUUAACAAAACUGUGGUUUUCUCUAAAACUGACUUACAUUGUGUACUCCAAAAUAUCCAAAAUUUUCAACUGACUGGAUGUUUAGCCCUUUACACCGUUUAUCAAUUGUAAUAUUCCAUAACAAAGAUGUCAACUACAAAAUCACCGAAAGUGAAAAGCUUGACUUACCUAGUGCUUUCCAUGUAUGUUUAUCUUUUAUGAUAAACACUUAUUUAUUCGUGUUUCUAUAGGCCAUUCAGUGUGCAAAAAAUUCCCCACAGUAACCUAAUACUGCUGGUGGUGGAUACAUUGUGCCCAUGUGGCAGUAAACAACUUAGUAUCGAGCCACAGGAGGUCCGGCAAGAAAUAGACGAAUCCGGGCAACCUGUGUACAGUUGUCAAGACCAAAACAACUUGUUCCGGAGACGCACAGGAAAGUGCAUUAACUAUCACCCAGAAGUGAGUGUUUCGAUAUUAUAAUAAAUUAUAUCAUAAUAUACGGAAGGAAAUUUGCCUAUAAAAGUUAUAAUGUUCGAACACCGUCUGCGAGUUAAAUCGAAAUAGCUCCCAGUAUUAUGUACUAUUAUUAGUAUUGUAGCAGCUGAUAAUUCCCAAAUCGACCGGCGUUGAAUUUUUCAGCAGAAAACGUAUUCCGUGAAAUAUGGGCUGCAUGCUGAUGAUCUCUGAUUAUAUCGCAUAACGCGACAGCAUACCUAUACUAUUAUAGCAUUCAUACUGUGCGUUUUAUUAUUAUUAUUAUUUUUUUUUUUUUAAUAUGGAAUAUUUUAUGUAGUGUUUUAUAUAGAUGCAAUGGCAUACAUACGACUUGUUUUGUUGUUGUUUUUUUAUUUUUGAAGGGGGCAUUAACACAGUUUAAAUAGUUACGUUUUCAAUUCAAUUUCAAUCAUACCAAGCCCACUAAUAUUAAUAGAAGUUAUGUGUCUCUAAGAGGGGUGCAAAUCCCCUAGCCUUCUCUCCCCCUAAAUACGUCACUAUACAGAUAACAGAAUACAGAUAGUGUGACAUUGACACGGUCCACUGAUACAAUACCGGUUCAACAAAAUCCGCCAAAACGCAUAGUGUAGCAAUGGAGCUAAUUGUUUAAUAAUUAUUGUUUUCUACCAACUGUGUUUAAUUAACACUACAGAUUAAUGAUAUUUGAAAUAAUAAAUGACAUUAAAUUAUGUUCAAUAAAUAUUCUAAAAAAAAAAAAAAACCAUUAAAUUGUUUUAAUGUAAACUGAAAAUAAACGGUUAAUGAUAUCACCCAUAUUAAAGGAAUAUAUUAUAGGUAUACGGUAUAUAAUAAAAUGUAACUUGAUAAGGGCGACUUGACGUAUGAGCAAAGACUGCUUUAUACAUAAUUUUCUUAUUACAAUAAAUAUACUUAGAUUAUUAAUAAAUGCCAUCUUAUAAAUGAAGCCUAUAAUCAAAAAAUUAGAAUUAAUGACUUAAUUAACACCUCGUUUUUCAUUUCAACACCCUUUUUGGGUCUCCCUUAAAAUGGUAAAAUUAUUGAUUCCACUAAUUACAAGCUCAUGAGCCGCUACUGAAAAUUUAUUAACUCAGAAAUACUCAAAUUUACUUUGAAAUACACUAACAUGUAGUCCCGUGUCAUCACAAAUACCUGAUUAACGUAUUUUCUUUAAAAAUAAACUCAGGACCGUCCGACCAACAAAAAUGCUAAUUUUUGAAUGGAGUUUAUUGGAUUUACGUGGAAAUCAUUUGGCCAAUUAGUCUUAAUAAUUAAAAACCCAAUAUUUUACCAUAAAAAAUUAAAAUUUAAAACUACUGUGCAGCAAUAUUAGUUUUAUUUUAUUUUUAUUAAAAAACCAAAAAAAUUACAAAAGUUAAUUAGUAUAAAAAAAAGGAACUUAACUCGGUUAAUUUUAAAUUUAAAUAUUUGAUUGCUUAAAAAAACCUACAUUUUAAAAUAUUUAAUAUUCGAAAUAUUUCGAAAAAAAAAUAAAUAGUAUACCUACUCAAAAUUCGCCUUUGGCGUGAAUGUUUUAUGUUUAUGAAAAUUAACUGUAAAAUGUUGAUUUUAUAAAACGAAAACUGAGCAAUUAAAAUUAAUUAACUUUUUUCCUUAUUGUUGAUGUAAACCAUGGCAAAUAUAGUCAUUUAUUUGGUAGGUACAUAUUAUUGUUCUUUUACUAUUUAUUAUUAUUAAUUUCUAAUAGAGGUACUUUUUCAUUUUUUUCUUCGUCUAUUUUAUCGAUUUCAUUACAUCACCCCUUUGUAUAUUAUAAGAAUAUAAUGUAGGUACUGUUAUCUACGCGGCAGUGCAAUAUGUGAACCAAAUAUUAUGAGUUUGUGAUUUUGUUUUUGUUUCUGCCAUACAUAGGAAAUCGAGAUCAAACAAUGCGGUUCGAGUUCGGCGCUGUUGGUCACCUCGUAUCUGAUACUGUUGAGCAUGAUAACCGCCAUAUGGUUAACGUGAUCAUCGUAUUUCGGCUGAAUGUGAUCGAAUUUCUCAGCGCCCGCGUUUUCCUGCCAAGAAAACGCACAAGUGUACGAUAAUACUGUCAUAAUAAUAAUAAUAAUAAUUAUAAUUAUAAUUAUAAUAUGAUUUUUUUAAAUUGUUUUUGUUCAUAUAAUAGCGUCGUAUUUUGUUCGAUUUAACUUUUCGGUAUUUGUAUUUAUUUUUCUUUUUCCGCGUCGUUGCCGUUUGUUUUAUAAUAAUUAUUAUUAUGCCGGAACGUCACGCGUCCUGCUUUAUAAACGUGCGUAGCGGCACACCGCGCGUUUUUAUUGUAUAAAAUAAUAUAAUAAUAUAUACCUAUGAUACAUACGGAACGGGGUCUUCCUUCGCGUAACGACUAAUAUUACCGAAAUAUUUUUGUACGUCAAAAGUUAUAAUAAUAAUAAAUAAUAUUAUUAUAAUAUACAAACUGACUUUUUGGAAUGAAUUUAAAAAAAAAAAAAAACAAUAAUAUUAUAAAAACGAUGUUAUUAUAUUCUAAUUAUUAUGACAUAGGAAAACUAUAGACAAUAAUUUUUUUUUUUUUUUUGUAACGAUGUACAAUCGUAUAUGAUUGCGUACGAUAUAUUUUUCAUGUAUAAUAUUUAAAAUGUGUAAUAAUAUUAUAUGUUAUGUAUGAUGCGCAUCGGGGUUGAGGGGGUAAUAUAUGUGCUAGUGAAUCUGUGUAGUUCAAAUUGACAUAUGUAUACAUAAUAUAUAUAUAUAUAUAUAUAUAUAUAUAUAUAUAUACGGGGUGAUCAGAAAUACUCGUAGCGAAAAUGACACAGACAAAAACGUUAAGGGGAUAAUAGAUACCGAUAUUUUUAUCUAAUACAACAUAGGUACUCUGCAGCACAGAAAUGUUGACCAAUUUCCUGCAACCCGAUCGAUGUAAGAAUCCUUCAGAAACAGAUUUAAAUUCAGUGUGAAGUGUAUACGAGACCGGCUUAGCUACAUUUUUGAAUUGCCUUUAUUAUAUAAUUUCCAACAAUUUGGUUAGAAAAAAAAAACUAAUAUUAAAUUGAAAAUAAAUGGCUUAUUCAAUUUCGCGUAUGUUCCAUGUCGAAUCCAAAUCCGUUUUCAACAUUCUUAUCGUUUCAUUACAGCAUUGAUAAACAGAUUGAAAAUAAAUCGGUCCAAAAUGUUAUGGUGUGUAUAAACUUGUAAAAGAUUAUUUUUUAAAACAUAUUUGAAUACAGAUAUUAUUUUUAAAUUAUGUAAUAGGAUUUAAUAGAAAUACAUAACAAUAUGUAAGUGAGUACCUAUUUCACUAAUAAAUUAUUUUAUAUACAUAACCUAGGUAUGAAAAGUAUUUAAAAAUAUUUUCGAAUAAUUUUUUUUUCUGUUUCACAUUAUUGUAUAGAUAAUCGUUUAGGUAAAAUCGUUAAUAUUCAUUUUUUUGUAUAAUUCCGGUUUAAUACAAAAUUCAAAUUUUGAAUCGAUUUAACUUUCGGCAUGGUGUUGGAUAUUUUAAUAAUUGUGUCACAAAAAUAGAUUAAAAUGAGCUAUUACCCGCAAUCAAUUAUUUCAAACACAGUUUAUGGAAUCAAUAACAUACAUACUAAAUAUAUUUAGCAAAAGUUUUUUACUGAAGUUAUUAUGUACUCACAUAUGUUAAUAUUACAAUUUUUUAUUUAAUAAUAGUUUAUUUAAAAUACAUUAAAAUAGUAUGAACUUUCCACAAAUCAGUGAACUAAUUUGUUUAAGAAAUAGGUAUUAGAUAAUUUGAUUUGUGAGCAAAUCAAAUAUCAUUCACCACGUCACUGAAUGUACGAAUAGAUGGAUAUUUAAAAUAAUUAUUCGAUUUCGAUUAUAAAUAUAAACAGGUUAAGGUGCUUAGGUUUAAAAAUAUUUAAAAUGCAAUAUACUUACCCAUAUCUAUAGCAAUUUUCGUAGAAGUGUUUAAAAUACGUAUUCGAACACUGAAAAAUUAUUCAUCAAACUAUUUUUGUUUAAAUAAUUUUACUCAAAAAUGUACACAGUAAGGAUGGGUGUGUAUGUGUUAGACAAAGAACAAAAAUACCCGGUAUCCAAUCUCCUUAACGAAAACGAUUAUCAAACCACGUUCCUUUUUAUUCCCUCCCCCCUAAUAAAUUUCCGGUCACUCUGUAUUGUAUACGCGAUAUAUUAAGUUUGGAUUUGUUUUUUAAAACAUUGUUCGUGUAUUUUGCAUUAUUGUUAUUAUUAUUAUUAUUAUACCACAUACCUAAUACGCGUAUGAAAUAAUAUUAAUAUAGAUAAUAUACUCACUUAAUUUAAUUGUUAGCCGUUUAAAAAAUAUUAUAACAAUUCAGUUACGAAAAUGUUAUUGUUUUUUUUUUUUUUUUUUUUUAAUUCGUUAAAUCUCAACAUUAUAUACAACACUAUAUUAUAUUAUAACAUUAUAUGUAUUUAUUACUUCUUUUGUCACGAUUUUUAUAAUUAUUUUUUAAACUUGUAUACUAUUUUACAAUAUUAGGUAGGUAUAUUGAAAACAAAAAAAAUAAUUAAAAAAUCACAUUUUUUUUUUUAGUAAGAAUUUGUACAAAGUAAACAUAUCGUUUCGUCGGAUCUAAUAUUUACACGCUGCAUUAUUAUGUAUAUCUCACCGGUCUCAGUGAAGGAUACAUGAAUGCAAGGGGACAUAUUAUUUCCCUCCUAUAUCAAUAUGUUUUUUUCUUACCACCAUUAAUGACCCAACCGAACGACGCAACAAUUUGUUAUUGACUGGUAGAUAAAUUACACUGUAAAUUUCGAGUGGUUUUUUACCAGACCUAUCUACACCCUGAAAACGUAUUCGUUGUAGAAUAAUAAUGCGACUACACCUCUUGACGGCCUAUCAAAAUAGAAUAAUACUAUCAUACCGUUCAAUACGAUUCAGUCGUAUUCCAAUAAAAUUCACAAACAAAAACAUAAUUGUUUGUAAUAAUAUUGAUGCGAUUUCAUAAUAUUGUAACAGAUGGCCAAAACGGAUUAUCCGCACUUCGUACUGAAAAAAAAAAAAAAACUAUAACUAUAUUAAACAAUUUCGUUGUGAAUAUUUCGAUUAUUUUAUCGUAAAAUUCACACUGUAUAGAUAGAUUUGUAUAGGCAAAUAUCGUUCAUCUAUUAUCGUGUUGUUCAUAUCAGAACAUACCUAGGUACGAUUAGGUACCCAUAUAUUAUAUUUGUACAUUUAGUCGACUAUUGUUAUAGCAGAACAAAUUUUAAUUAGAACUAACGGGAUAUUUAUAGGUAUAAUAUUGUUAUAUUUGUUUAAAACGUGUUAUGUUUUUGUUAUAUAAGUUUGAAGUUUGAUAAGCAAAUAUUUAUUAUAUCUUACCCCGAACAGAAAUUCUGUUAUUGUUUUGUUUUGUUUAUUUUUUUUUUUUUUUUUUUUAAUCAAUUUCAAAAUGUAAACGCAUGUAAAUAUACCCAAAAUUUAAAAAAAAUUGUCAUUUUGUAGACCAGCGCCUGCUGGUUUUUUUUGUGUAUAUUUUAUAGGCUUAGAAUAAUUUUUAAACAUAAUUAUAUAUUAUAUCAAUAGAUCUUAUAUUUAUCAAUGUUUUAAUAACUCAACGUGGAAUGUUCAUUAUUUUACAAACAUCCACUAUUUUUAAGCAUAUGCAUACAUAUAUUAUAUAUAUUAUAUUAUAUAUUAUAUUCAUACAUAUGUAUAACUCAUGUCUUCCAGUAACAUAAUAUUAUGUAAAAAAAAAAAAACUUAAAAAAGAACCUAAUAUCGCUG